CCAUCCCAUCAUGCAGGCCGUGCGAACGGCUGUAUUCUCGGUCAUGGCCGGAGGCGUCGGCUUUUGCGUGUACCAGUACUUUGGCGGGCGGUUCCACGUCCCGCCCGACAGCUACGGCCUCGUCGUCCGCAAUGGCGUGCUCAAGCCGCACGCGUACGGCCCAGGCUACCAUCACUGCCUCCCUGUCAUGGGCGAGAAAGCUGUGCUCAUUGAUGCCGCACCUGUGCCGUGCACGACACUCAUCGACGGCCCGCUGGGGCCCAUCCCGCUCUCGAUGCGUGCCUCGUACACGGCUUCGCUCGACCUCGCCGGCGUUGUCCCGCUGUACCGGGCGCUCGGCAAAGACGCCAUCAAUCCGGCUAUCGCCCGCGAUGCCGUGGCGCGCGCUGCUGGUGAACAGCUUAACUACGCGGCUGCGCUUGUGGCGUCGUACCGACCGGGCCCGGCUGCACCUAGCCGCCGCGGCCGCGGCGCCGUCCGCAAGAUGUCGCGUGGGAGCCAGGGCAAGGUUGUCCACGACCUUGCCGCCACCUACGCCACCCAGGCCACCGACCACACCGCAGGCUCGGUUGAGGACCAGCUUGCCCGUGCCAAGCUUGUGGCGCUCUUUGCGCAGUGUGUUGAGCGGGCAGCCAAUCCACGCAACUCACGCGUGGCCAUCUCCGACCUCGCGCUUGUGCCGGAGACACAGGAAUGAAAGAGUCAUGGGACGGA